UUAAAAAUGGAUCUUAAAGAAUUUGAAAACUGUUGUACCCAAUAUCGUAAUAGUGAUCAAUACGAUUUUAUUACAAUUUGUAUGUCUUUAAAAAGUGCAAAAGAUUUUUUAAAUGAUUUUAAAUCUCAAGAGUAUUUGGCAUCAUGUAACAGAAAAAAUAUUUAUCGUGGCUUUGUUGCAAUGGAAAUAAUUUUGGAGUACUGUCAAAACUUCAAAAACCUAUAUUAUGUAAACCAAUUUCUUAAAGAAUUAGAGCAACCAUUUGGUUCAAUGAAUAAAAAACAAGAAAUGAUUGAAGGUUUAGAAUGUGCAAUUAAAAUCUUUGAUGAUGACCUUUCACUUUUCAAAGAGAAAUUAAAAAAUUAUGAAAUUAAAUCGAUGUAUCAUGCAAUGUUAAUCCUUAUCAAUAAAGAAAGAUCUGUAAUCCCAGAAUUGGCUGAAAUAUUUAGAGCGAAUAAAGUUGAAGCAUGGUCCAUUGGUCGUUCCAAUGAUAUUUUAAAAAUCAAUUGUUGGGGUCCACUAGAACAAUCAGAUUUUUAUGAACAAACCAAUUUGUUAUUAAAAAAAAAAGGUUACUCCAUUGAUAAUUUACUAUUUAAAAUGAUUUUUAAUUAUGAAUCAUUUAAUAAUUUUAGAAACUAUGAUUGUUUUGCUUGA